CUGAAGGCUUUGGACUGGGAAAUAAACACAUUUGUGGAUUAUAUGUUUGGGCCUCGAGAUUCCAGGGUCAGAGGAUGGUUCCUGUUGGAUUCUUACCUACCCACAUUUUUCCUUACUGUAGUAUAUCUACUUUCCAUAUGGCUGGGUACCAAGUUUAUGAAGAACAGGCCUGCAUUCUCUCUCAGGGGUCAUCUCAUUGUGUAUAACCUUGGAGUUACAGUGCUUUCCUUGUACAUGCUCACAGAGCUUAUGCUCUCCAGUUGGGAAGGAGGCUAUAACUUACAGUGUCAGAACCUUGUCAGCGCAGGAGAAGCCGAUAUCCGGGUGGCCAAGGUGCUGUGGUGGUAUUAUUUUUCCAAAGUAAUUGAAUUCAUGGACACUAUUUUCUUUGUACUGAGGAAGAAAAACAGUCAAAUUACUUUCCUUCAUGUAUAUCAUCAUGCCACUAUGUUUAACAUCUGGUGGUGUGUUCUGAACUGGAUCCCUUGUGGACAAAGUUUCUUUGGACCCACUUUGAAUAGUUUUAUCCAUGUUCUCAUGUACUCCUACUAUGGAUUUUCUGUCAUUCCUUCCAUGCGCAAGUAUCUGUGGUGGAAGAAAUACCUCACUCAGGCACAACUGAUUCAGUUUCUGCUCACCAUUACCCACACUCUUAGUGCUGCCGUGAAGCCAUGUGGAUUUCCAUUUGGUUGCCUCAUGUUCCAGUCUUCAUACAUGGCCACACUGGUUAUUCUGUUUAUAAACUUUUAUAUUAAGACGUACCAGAAAAGGCCUUCAAGAACCGAUAUGAAGAAGGUCCCUCCUGUGACAGAAAUCAGGAAUGGUUUCCAUAAAGACUACUUCGCUGCAGCCAAUGGGGUUCUGAACAAUAAGAAAGCACAAUAA